AAUGGACUAAAGCAAGAGAAGGAGAAACAGAAAGAAGGCAGAAAGAGGAUGAGGAGAGCCGGAGGAAGAUCAGAGAGCUUCAGGAAGAAUUUGAAAGACAAAAGGAGGAAGAAAAGAAAAGGAGACAGAAAGAGGAUGAAGACAGAGAGGAAGAGCACAAGAACAAGUUAAAGGAAAUUGAAGAACAGAAUCAAAAGAAAAUUGAAGAGAUGAUGAAGCAGCUCAACAGCUCACCAGUCAUUCAGAAUCCAGACAGUACCCCAGAUUGUGUCAGGAUCGUGCUGAUUGGGAAGACAGGAGUUGGGAAGAGUGCAACAGGAAACACCAUCCUGGGGAAAGACGUUUUUAUAUCUGUAACUUCAGGUGAAUCAGUGACGACUUGUUGUCAGAAAGACACAGCACUAGUAAAUGGCCGAUCUGUUACUGUUGUAGACACACCAGGGCUGUUUGAUACAGAUGCCUCGAAUGAUGAUGUCAUGAAAGAAAUUCUUAAGCGUUUCAGCUUGCUGGCCCCUGGACCCCAUGUGUUCCUGGUGAUUCAUGCGAUUGGUACCAGGAUGACACAAGAGGAAAGGGACACGUUGAAACUCAUCAAAGAUACCUUUGGGACCGGGGCUGGAAAGUUUACCAUUACCCUUUUCACAAAAGGGGAUUCUAUAGGUGAUCAAUCAAUUGAACAGUACAUCAAAGAAAGUCGUCCAAUUCAACAACUAGUCUCUGACUGUGAUGGACGGUAUCAUGUGUUCAAUAACAAAGAUAAAAGGAAUUCCAAACAGGUGACUGAGCUGAUGGAAAAAAUUGACAAGAUGGUGGAGAAGAACGGUGGGGGUGGUUACACAAAUGAGAUGUUCCAAAUGGCAGAAGCUGCAAUUAAAGAGAAGUUUGAGAACAUGAUGAGAGAGAGGGAGUUGGAAAUUGAGAGGGAGAAGGAACAGCUCCAGGCCAAAUUUGAUGAGGAAAUAAGAACAAUGAUGGACGAAAAGACAAAGGAAAUACAGAGGGAAAGAGAAGAGAGAGAGAAGCUGCUGAGAGAAAAAGAGGAGUACAUCACCAAUUUACAUGAAAUGAGAGAUGAGAGAGAGAGGUUAAACUAA